CCAGUAUAGAAACAAAACAUCUUUCUAUCUAGCCUCCACUGUGCCCUUUAUGCAUGGAUUUGAAUGGGUGACCUGGAACUAUACUGAGGCAUCACAUGGCAAAGGUGCACCAGAUGGAGUUGGUGGGGCCUUGAAGAAUCUUGCGGACAGAAUUGUUUCUUAUGGGACCAGUAUUCCUGAUGCAGACUCUCUGUAUGAGCAGCUGAAGAACAAUUCAUCAGUGACUCUGUACAAAGUAUCAGAGGAGAAAAUAAAGGCCAGCCGCGAAUUGGUUCCCCCCAACCUGAAAGCAGUUCCUGGGACACUGAAAAUACACCAACUGACAUCCACAAAACCAGGAGUCAUAAAUACACGGGAGGUGUCAUGCUUUUGUGGAAAAAAUUGCCAGUGCUUUUCUACAAAUUGCCACAUGUUCUCUGAGGAAAGAGAUGAGGACCCUGACAGAACAGAGGCCACCAUAGAGGUUGGACAGUGGGUCCUGGUUGAAUACGAUGGUGACUUGUUCCCUGGUACAGUCACACAGAUUGCUGAAGGGCAGUAUGAAGUCGACACCAUGAAUUGUGCAGGGGAGAACCGCUUCUAUGUACCAAGCAUCAGAUUUCCAGGAGAAAGGGUCUGGUAUUAUCGUCAGGACAUACGGGACAUAAUCCCAGAACCACUUCCUGUCACCUCCUCUGCUAGACAUUUCUGCAUUUUACCUGACAUAUGGGCAAAACACAAGAAAUGCUCAUGAAUGAGUUACAGUUUAGGGAAAAGGUGAUUGGUACAGAGCAGUCAUUCCAGUUGUUUGUUCUAGUUGUUUGACCAACUCAAAUCGAGUUGCUGCUAUUCAAGUUCUUCACAUUAAAUUAUUCUCAGAAAAAGUUUGUGUGGUUCAAUGUCAGGACCAAAUUGUUUUAGCUAAACUAAAUUCUUUUUACAAGAGCACAUGAUGCUGUUAAAUUUAAAUGUUUCUCAGGACCACAUGAUGAUAUGUUACAUUGAAAUAGUUCUCAUCACAGGGUUGUAUGUUUAACUAGAAUGAUAAAAUGUAUACUAAUGGUUGUAUAAUUGUUAGUACUACAGUGUAGGCUACAUGACAUGAUUCUUAAGAAGAGCACAAGAUUGUAACUUGUUAACACAAGUCAUGGUAUUGUGAUGAUUACAAUAAAUGAGAAAAUGAAACACUGUUUAUGAAAUAAAUGUUCUUUUAAAAAUUGUAUGAGUUUUAAAUAUGUAAUAUAGGGUUAGGCAUCAAACCCCUUUGUCAACAGUCAAUGUUUGAGCUAAAUAUCAUUUCCGAAACAUUGAUCCUCAUUACCGAAAUGACAUUUUCAUUACCGCAACAUGUAUAUUUUUUACAAAUUAAGCAAUAAUUAGAUCAUCAUAAUUUGUUUUAAAAUGCAUAUACAUAUUAUACAACACUGCUUAUUUAAAGUCUGCUACAUGACAAAUGUGUAUGGUAUCUUUUAGUAAAAUAAUUAAAUAAAAGAAAUUGUAAGUCAUCGCGCAUGUUUCGGUAAUGAGAGAAAAUAAGGAAAUUACAAAAAAUAAUAAAUAUGAAAAAGUAAUAUCUCCAGAGUUUAACAUAGCUUUGAGCAUGAAUAAUAAGGGUCUACUUUAACAUUAGCCAAAAAUACACAUUUUUAACCAUAUAUUUAAUGUAAUGUCAUGUUGCGGUAAUGAUAAUUUUUUAUGGACUUCAUCUAAAAAAUUAAAAAAUUAUAUAGGAAAUAUUUUUUUAAAUCUUCUAAAAAUAAUGGUUAUAGUAAGUUCAGACCUCAAUCUUAUAUGUGCAAAAAGAAAAUUGGCUUCAAGGGCAUUUUAAAAAUUCUGAUGCUAGACACCUGCUAUAUCUGGAUUUCAUGAGAAUCACCCAAAUGCCGAUAAUUCAAAGAAAAAAAAAUGUACAUACCUGCAUUGGCUGAUAUCAGUCACCCACUAAUAUUCUCUCUUUAUUUGUGGAAGGAGCUUAUACGGCCUGACUGUAAAACUUCAUUCAGGAUCAUUUGGAAUAUUUUAAAUGAUUCAAAAUCAAUUUGUGAGAUUUCAGCCAAUUUCAGUAGUGUCCACAGAAGUGUACAAGAAAUCCUCACUUAAAUCAGGCCUUCAUACAUUCAAGAAAUGUAAUUAAAUGAAAUGAGGGAAAAAAAUUACUAAAGACCUUGAGACCCACAUCCCUUGUUCAAGCCAAGCUAAAUUUGGCCAUCAGUUAAUGAGCGUAACAUCAGCCGUACGGUGCACUAUUAACAUUCAGCGCUGGGAUGUUAGGGUCCUUCUGAACAUCUGAGUGGUGUCAUAUUAAAGAGUCUGGAGCUGCAGUUAGUACGUGCGAGAUCAAGCGCUCUGCUCUGGAAAGUCACCUUCACUGCACAUAUUAAAAAAACAAAUGCAACAUCAAUAAUGCGUCCAGAUGUCUGUCUGCACUUAAAAUAAGGCAACCAGACAUCAGAGGUUGACUCAACCUCAAACCCUCUGCUAUAUGACAAUAAUCUGGACCUCAUCAGCUGUGUGUAGAAAACAGCAU